AUGUAUACCAGUUGGACAUGGAAGAUAUGGAGUACACUUGGUGUGAUUCUUCGAAUCCUAUUCAUUGACAUUCCUUUGGACAUCUACAGAUUCCUCAAUCUCCAACAAAAAAAUGUACAAGGUCAGACAGUAGUUAUUACUGGUGGUGGAUCUGGUUUGGGAAGAGCGAUGGCCUUAGAUUUCGCUAAGCGAAAAGCAAAAGUUGCAAUAAUUGACGUGAAUAAGGAAGGCGGAUUAGAAACAGUGAAAUUUAUCGCGGCGGAAGGAAACAUGGCAAAGUUCUGGUUUUGUGAUAUUAGUGAUGUGGAGGGCAUGAAGAGUACAGCAAAGGAAAUUGAAGACACUUUUGGUGAUGCUGAUAUUGUGAUCUGCAAUGCAGCUAUAUUAUCAUUUACUUCAUUUAUGGAAAUUUCCAAUGAACUCCUUAGAAAAUGUUUGGAUGUCAACAUAUUCGGAACAAUUAAUACUAUCCGCGCGUUCCUUCCAAAAAUGGAAAACCGUAACGACGGUCAUAUUGUAUGCGUCUGCUCCAUUGCUGGUUGGUCUGGAGAAACCAUGGGACUAUCUUACUGCACAAGCAAAUUCGCUGUUCGUGGAGCCAUGGAAUCCCUACAGAUGGAGCUUAGAGACCGUGGAUUAGAAGGAAUCAAGACAACAACGCUUUACCCGUAUUUUGCCAGAACACCGAUGAUUCUUGAAAAUAACAUGAGACCAACUUGUACCUGGUUCCCGUUUAUGAGCGUGAGAUCUUGUUCGAGAAGAAUGGUGGAUUCUAUUUUGAAGGAGAAGGUCCAUGCAUUUGUUCCCUCAUAUAUCACACUCAUUCCGUUCGUGAAGAAUUUCACCUCACUUCAAGUGACUCGUUCUCUUCGCAACUACUUGGGAGUCAAAUAUUUAGCUUCGGAUCCGUCCUUGUGCAAAUUAAGACUUAUCGAGAUGUCCGACUUCUUCAGAUCGCCUCCACUUUUCUGGUGGUUUGUCAUUGUUCCAGCUCUGGCAAUUAACUACAUCAGUUACGCCAAUCCAGAAGCCGCUCUUCACAUCCCACUCAUCGGAUCUAUUGUCCACACAAUUGGCACUCAAUUCCAUUUUGUCACUCUUCUGACCAAUCUUUUCGCACUUGCUGCCCAUAUCGGUGAAGCUCUUUACGCACUCUACUUGUGCCACAAGGCCAACAUCAGUUUCGCUUCCACCGCCAAAUGGGUCGUGCAAACCUUCAUCCUCGGAUUCCCAUCGCUUUCUAUUCUCAGCCGAUACAAAGCGAAACAACGAAAAACUAAUUGA